AUGGCUGAUCAAGGCGUUCUCGCUGGUCAUGACGGGGCCAGUCCCUUCGAUGUCAACCACCACCACCGCCACUACCACCAUGAGGAACACACCGAGGGAGACUUCGAAUACCUGGUGAACCUCAAGGCUCACACAGCUGCUUCCAGUCAGCCCUGCUCUCCCCACUGCCUGGAUGAGUACAUCUGCGGCGUUACCAGUCUCCCCAACCCUGACGAUUGGGAGUGGUUCAAAAAUUCGGAUCUCGAGCACACCAAGCAAAACGAGAUUGCUCGCUUCGCCGCUUCCGAAAGAGCCCCUCUCCCCCCGGUCCUGCCGAAGCCAGCGACCCAGGAUGGUGUCCUGACUCGAAAGGACCAUGCGCCAAACCUGCCGUCCCUGCUGCGGCUGCUCGGAGAGGCCCGCAUGAAGAUCUACAACUACUUGUGGGACUCUUAUCGUGUGUCCAUCGAACUUAGCUUCCUGGACAGUGACUAA